UGGCGAGCAAAGCUCAUAGUUACACAGGGUUGAAGGAGCCCUUUUGUUUUUGUGUUUCGUAGAAAGAGGGACAGUGAUUUGAGAAUGGACAAGAGCAUGCUAGGAGAUCUGGAUAAUCUUCCAGAGGAAGAUAAGCUCAGAAUGUCCUCCAUGAUCGACCAGCUCCAGAUCCGUGACAGCUUGAGGAUGUAUAAUUCACUCGUGGAGAGAUGCUUUAAUGAUUGUGUGGACACCUUCAAGCACAAAUCCUUGCAGAAGCAAGAGGAAACCUGCGUGCGGCGAUGUGCUGAGAAGUUUCUAAAGCAUUCAAUGCGUGUUGGCAUGAGGUUUGCUGAGCUCAACCAAGGAGCAGCCACACAAGAUUGAAUGAACUACUCUUUAGCAACCAAGGGUGGAGAAGCCAGAGUGGUGAAAUUUCUUAUUGAUACGAGCAUUGCUUUGUUCCUCUAUAUGUAUUUCCUCUUUGCUUGUAUCCAAUGAAAAUCUGAACAUUGCAGAUACAUAUGCAGGAGAACCUGUUAUUAAUAAUUUCGAGCAAGAGAUCAACCCUGCUAAACACCCCUGUGCUGUGCUGUGCUGUAGAAAUUUUAUGAAUGAAUAUAUUUAUUCUCUAUAAUAUUUAAAUAUUCUCUUUUUUAUGA